AAGUUUCCUGGAAUUAGUUCAUCGUCAAAGCACUGCAUUUGAUUUCCAAACGAAUUUGAACACCUCGUGCUUAAGUACUUUUUAAAAUACAGGAAAUAAUCGAAUUAAAACUCGAACCAUGACACAAGGCAAGCAAAAAGGAGUCUUAUGUCAUUUUGAGCAUAUGCCAACUUUACGCAGACAAGAUAAGGAAGCCCUAAAGGAACUGCUGCAAACGCGUCUUGUGGAGUGCGGAUGGCACAAGGACAUUAGGGAAAUGAUACGCAACAUCAUCAAGGAGCGCGGAGUGGACAACAUAGACCGCGACCAACUGACUGCCGAAAUAGUCCCCCAAGCUCGCGCUUUGGUGCCUGAAGUCAUCAAAAAUGAGAUCAUGAUGCGCGUGUACGCCGUCCUCGAUAAUCCGUUCCAUCCCUAACCCCAAUAUUGAAACCACGUGUUCUAAAUUCUAGCACGUGUUUGUGGUUUAUUAUCGAAUUUAAGUAGAUAUUUACAUACUUAUGCUAGCUAUGAAUUGCGGCAUUGGUUAUACAAUACGCAUAUAAUAAAUAAACGAUAAACAACUACAAUUAGUUAGAAUAUGUUGUCGCUAUGUUCACGGUGUGGCUACUCGAUUGGCUAAACAAAAUUUGUGGUGGUUUUGUUGGGGGAAACUAGGAACGCGGUCGGGCUCUGCUUGUAUGUAAUAUUUCUUCUAUUAUGCUACAAAUAAUAAGGCUAAAUCGUAAGUGUUAGUUACUCCGUUAAUGGUUUACGUUUACUUAUUCAAUAACGAGUCAAUUGAAAAG